ACAAAGACCUCACCUGUAAAGUUUGUGCAGGUACGAAGGUAAAAAGCGCGUAAAGAGACGGAGGUCCAGUUAAACUGAGGGGGGCACAGAAAMACGCAGCAGCGGGGGUGAAGAGGAGGUUCGGGGAACGGAACCAUCAUCAGAGGGAAGAAGAAGCGGAAACCUUAAAGGAGUUCUGCUGCUCUUUGACUCCAAGUUCGGCCAAAAUGAAGCCUUCAGUUCUGUUCGUGCUGUCCUGGACGUGUUUGUGUGCUCUGUUACCGCUGACAAACUGCGAGGAGAAGCGGAUCCCGGAGGAGAAACUUCUUGUUGUGACUGUUGCAACCAAAGAGACGGAUGGGUUCAGGCGGUUUUUGAGGUCUGCAAAACGCUUUAACUACAGCGUAAAGGUUCUGGGUCGAGGGGAGAAAUGGAGCGGAGGCGACUACAUGUCGGCUCCAGGAGGAGGACAGAAGAUUCGGCUCCUGAAAGCGGCUCUGCAGGAGAUGACAUCAGAGGAUCGGAUCAUCCUGUUCAUUGACAGCUACGACGUGGUUUUCGCCUCGGGUCCCAAAGAGCUGCUGAGGAAGUUCCAGCAGGCCCAGCACCGGGUGGUGUUCUCCUCCGAGAGCCUGAUCUGGCCCGACAGACACCUGGAGGACAAAUACCCCCACGUCAGGGAGGGGAACCGCUUCCUGGGCUCAGGAGGCUUCAUGGGCUUCCUUCCCAACGUCAAACAGAUGGUCUCUAACUGGACCGGAGGAGACGGCGACAGCGACCAGCUCUUCUUCACCAAAAUCUACAUCGAUCCGGCUCAAAGGAAAUCCAUAAACAUCACCUUGGACAGUAAAUGCAGGUUGUUCCAGAACCUUCACGGAGCCCUCGAUGAGGUGGUUCUGAAGUUCGAGGAUGGACGAGUCCGAGCCAGAAACGUUCAGUACGAUACCCUGCCUGUCGUUGUCCACGGGAACGGACCGACCAAGCUGCAGAUUAACUAUCUGGGUAACUACAUCCCCAACGCCUGGACCUUUGAGACCGGCUGCACGGUCUGUCAGGAGAACCUGCGGCCCCUCUCUGCUCUGAAGGAGACCGAGUACCCACUGGUGAUGAUCGGGGUCUUCAUCCAGCAGCCCACUCCGUUUGUCUCUGUGUUCUUUGAGCGUCUCCUGAAGCUCCAGUACCCCAAGAACCGACUCAGACUCUUCAUUUACAACCAGGAACCUCAUCAUGAGCAGCAGGUCAGCUCCUUCCUGCAGGAGCACGGCGGUCUUUAUCAGGACGUUAAAACCAUCAGCCCGGAGGAGGAGACGGACUCCACGGCCUCGCGUGACCUUGCUUUCCAUCUGUGCCGGGAAGACAAAGACUGCGACUAUUUCUUCAACUUGGACGUCGAGGUGGUCCUAAAGAACGAGGACACCCUCAAAAUUCUCAUCAAACAAAACCUGCCCGUGGUGGCGCCGAUGCUAACCCGACCCGGACGACUGUGGAGCAACUUCUGGGGCGCCCUCAGCGCCGACGGGUACUACGCCAGGUCUGAGGACUACGUGGACAUCGUCCAAGGACGGAGAGUGGGUGUGUGGAAUGUCCCGUAUGUCUCCGGCGUUUACCUGGUGAAGGCCGACCUCCUGCGCUCAGAGCUGAAAGACUACGACCUGUUCACCUCGCAGACCACGGACCCCGACAUGGCUUUCUGCCACAACGUUCGCACCAAGGGGAUCUUUAUGUACGUGACCAACGUGCACACCUUCGGUCGCAUCCUGUCCACAGAGAACUACCAGACCAAACAUCUGCACAACGACCUGUGGCAGAUCUUUGAAAACCCCACCGACUGGGAGGAGCGCUACAUUCACAUGAACUACAGCCGCAUCAUGAAGGACAAACUGAUCGAGAACCCCUGUCCAGAUGUUUACUGGUUCCCAGUUUUCACAGAUGUUGCCUGUAAACACCUGAUAGAGGAAAUGGAGCACUUUGGGCAGUGGUCAGGAGGUGGAAACAAGGACACUCGUAUCCAGGGCGGCUAUGAGAACGUUCCCACCAUCGACAUCCACAUGAAUCAAGUCAACUUUGAAAAAGAAUGGCGCAAAUUCCUGGUGGAGUACGUGGCCCCGAUCACAGAGAAGAUGUUUCCUGGUUACCACACUCAGGCUCAUUUUGAUCUGGCCUUCGUGGUUCGGUACAAACCUGACGAGCAGCCGGCGUUGAGGCCGCACCACGACGCCUCCACCUUCACCAUCAACAUCGCUCUCAACCAGGUCGGCAUCGAUUACCAGGGUGGUGGCUGCCGGUUCCUGCGCUACGACUGCUCCAUCCAGGCCCCCCGGCGCGGCUGGGCCCUCAUGCACCCGGGCCGCCUCACCCACUACCACGAAGGCCUGCCCACCACCGACGGCGUCCGCUACAUCGCAGUGUCCUUCGUGGACCCGUGAGCUCGGACCAAAACACUGUCCUCGGAACAUCGACUUGGUUCUGAUCCAAAGAGGGGAACGCUUCUGUGGGCUGAGCGGUGGAAGCGUCACACUGGCUCUUCAUGAACUUUGUUUUGUUUUGCUGAGUCAUGGGGACUUUAUCAUGACCGGCUUUAAACCUAGUUUUAUUUAACUUUGUCCAAAGUAACCAACGAGGAAAUGAAGAWUUUUGUUUUUGUUUCUCCAGAUUUCCUUUUAAAGGAAGUCAGCUUCAGACAGUUCAUGAAUUUUAAGAUGCAGAAAMAUUAAAUGCAGUUUUUUAUUGUUAAAAAAUGAUUCAUGGUUUAAUUAGACCUGUUUUAAAUUACCUGAUUAUCAUAAUGUAUAAAUCUGCUUCUUGAAUCACUCCAACCUUUCAGGUAACAAAUGGUUUCCUCUGAGCAGGUGCAUCAUGGGAAAUGUAGUCCUCUGUGAUUUGGACAUUCUGCUGAGAGAUUAGUUUUGUUUCUGAAGUAUUUGAGACGCUCCAGAGUCUCAGAACGACUCCUGUUUUUUGUUUCUGUUGAACAGUUUUUUCUCCUCACUCUGCUGACGCUCUGUUGUUUCUGUUCGACCCGGAGCUUUUGGAUCAGAUCUUAGCGUUUGGUUUUCUUUUAGAUUUGAUUGUAAAAAAAACAAAAACAAAACUGUUUUAUUGUGUUAAACUUCACCGUCAGCAGCUUUUAGUGACACCAGGAUUCAAACACGUUGGACUGAAACUGUUUUUAUUUAUUUGUUUGUUUUCUAUGUUGAAUAAAAUCCAGACUCUGACUUUAA